AGGAAAAAUCUGCGCGUUAUCUUCAUCAAAGCGCCAGAAAGUAGUCCUCUCGAAAACGCUGCUCUCAAACUAGCGAAACAAGCGACAGAUGAGAAGACUGCCAUCUAUGUUUUUACCAAACAGACUGACAUUGGCAGCUUGGCGCAACAAUUGAAAAAUAUCGGAACACAAUCUAGUUCCAAGCCGGAAGUACACUUCGUCAAAUAUCGUACACCACAAGAUGCCGAAAAUGCACAACAAGCUAUUCAGCAACAGUAUGACAGUUUG